AUGCGCGGAAGCAAAGUUCGACCAGCACUACCACAGAUCCCUGAACGCAAGAAAAUCUCCAUAGAGGAUUUCUUACUGAUCAAGGUCCUUGGAAAGGGCUGCAUGGGCAAAGUGAUGCUGGUUCGGGAGCACAAGAGCAAAAAGCUGUUUGCACUCAAAGCAAUCUCCAAAGAAUGGGUCAUUUUGCAGCGUGAAAUUGAGCAUACGAAAUCAGAACGCGACAUCCUUGCCAACGUGGCGCAGAUCUCGCAUCCAUUCUUGAUUAAGCUCCGGCACUCAUUUCAGUCCAAUGCACAGCUCUUUAUGGUUCUGGACUACUACCCUGGGGGAGACAUUGCGACGCAGCUCGCUAAAUGGUACCGGUUCAAACCCGAGCGAUGUAUGUUCUACGCUGCUGAAAUCGUUUUGGGCAUCGAGGAGUUGCACCGCCAGGGAAUUGUCUACAGGGACCUGAAACCAGAGAAUAUUCUCCUUGCACUUGAUGGACACAUCGUCCUGACCGACUUUGGCCUUUCGAAGCAAUUCUCAGCGUUCUCAGCAUCAUCUCCCUAUUUGGCAGAAGAAAAGACCAACACAUUUUGUGGAACUGCUGAAUAUCUCGCCCCCGAGAUUCUUCGAGCGGCCGAAUAUAGCUACGAGGUGGACUGGUGGAGCCUUGGCACACUGCUUUACGAAAUGAUGGCCGGAAUUACUCCAUUCUGGGCAGAAAACCAUGCUUAUAUGUACCAGCGGGUGUUGGAGGACGCCCUAGAGUUUCCUCCAGAAAUUUUUCAGGACGACCCAUAUGCAGUCGACUUCCUUGUCGGGCUCCUUGAACGUGACCCUAGGAGCCGCUUGGGAAGCCUAGGUGCUAGCGACGUCAAAGCACAUCCAUACUUUCGGAUGAUUGACUGGGAAAUGGCGAUGCAGAAAAAGCUGCCUUGUCCAUACAUUCCAGAGUUGACCUCCGAGGAAGACUUGAGCAAUUUUGAUGAUGCUUUCUUG